CAACACGAGGAUCAACAACUCCCCCAACUUACCAUGAUCAGCUGCUGUUCCCUUGCUGCUCCUCGCCUGCCGUCCCCCUGCUGUUUCCGCCGCCGCCGCCGCUAAAAGAGAUCUCCCUUCCGCCGAAAUGGAGCUGGACAAGUGGCCCAUUUUCAGCCUCCUGAAGCCGGAGUUCAUUGAGAAGAUGAGGAUGGCCUGUGUCUUCGGCAGCCUAGGCAACGAAGCCGUCAUAGUAACCAAAGACGAUGAUGUUUAUGCCCUUGGGUUCAACGGCUCAGGAUGUCUUGGGGUCGGAGAUCAGAACAGCACCAUGGAACCCCGUAAGAUUGAACCCCUUUGCCAGAAAAAAGUCAAAGAUUGUUUGUGGCUACUCACACACACUUGCCCUGAGUGAUGAGGGUAGCCUUUGGGCAUGGGGUGCCAAUGGUUAUGGCCAACUGGGCACGGGUAACAAGGCCAACCAGUGCGCACCUGUCAGAGUAGCACAGGAUAUUGGACGUAUAGUGGAUAUUGCAUCAACACAUUACUGUCACUUGUCAGCUGCCAUGACUCAAAAUUCCAAAGUAUACCUCUGGGGACACUGCAAAGGCCAGAGUGUAGUUGGCCCUCUGGAAACAGGUUUUAGUAGUCUCCAUGAGGUGUUUGCACUCUGGGCGUCUCCAAGUGUGACCUAUGAACCUCUCAACGUAACCUCUUUCACCCGCUCAUCUCUAGCACAAGCAAUGGCUCUAGCACUGGACGAUGAGGAAACCGCAGAUGUAGUCUUUGUGGUGGAUGACCGAAGGAUAAGAUCCCAUCGAGCUGUGCUGAAAAUUAGGUGUCAGUAUUUCCGCAACAUGUUCCAAGAGCACUGGAAAGAAAAUAGCCUAGAAGAAGUUGAAGUGAAAGACUACUCAUUUGUAGUGUUUCGAGCCUUUUUGCAGUACAUCUAUACAGACACAGUCAACGUUUCACCAGAAGAUGCAAUAGGUUUAUUAGACUUAGCAAACGCAUACUGUGAAGAAGCCCUAAAGCGACACUGCGAGAGAAUAAUUCGCCAUGGCAUUACCACAGAGAAUGCUGCCAUGCUUUAUGCUGUUGCCAUUAAAUAUGAAGCGACGGAGUUGGAGGAGUUUUGCUUCCGCUUUGCCCUCAACCACAUGACAGAAGUUGCACAAACGGAAGCCUUCAUGGCCCUCGACGAAUUGACGGUGAAGAACUUCAUCCAGCGAGCAGCACAGCAUGGUGCAUUUAAGUACUGAUAUUCUAGCUACUUGUUGAUGAGAAUCUCACAACAACAACAGCAGCCGAGGCAUGGUCACCAUUCUUAACAUAACACAAGUUUAAGGGGCGGACAACGAGGGUCAGGAAUGCGAUGGUCAGGGGGGUGUUGAUGACGAUAAGCUUUCUUAUGGUAUGGGACAAAAUGGUAGGGAUAUUGGGACAUUUUUCUCAAAAACAAAGUACAAGAGUGAAAAUAUAUUAAAAGGUGCGUGAUAGUGAUAGGGCUUAUACUUAAAAAAAAGUGACUUGAAUCUCCUGCUUUGACAAAAUAAAAAAGUGUACAUGAAACUGUUGUACUUUUUGUACCAUGGGCUAAUAUUUAGUAGAUAGGGCAGAAAAAUGGUAUAGUUGAUCAAUGGGGGGAACAAUUUAUUUCGGAAUCCUGUAGCAUAUGAAAUCCUGGUCUCCAUGAGGGUAGAUGUGUUUCAGCCAAUAAAGUGUAUAAAUGUCUACUGAUUAGUAAAGUCUUUCACUUUUGAUUCACUUCUACCAAUUUAAGUUGCAUGGUUCACACACAAUUCUCAUUAUUCCCUCUCUCCAAUGAGGUUGUGCGUCAGUAAGGCAAUAUUCAUUAUUGGGUGAGGGUGGCCCAACAUAAAUUAUCAUACAAGAACCAUGUGGCAAUAGAUGACAGGUAUUUACAGCUCGUUAUUCUGUAGGGCACCAGAGUUAUUGGCUAUGGCCAUUUGUCUCGGUGUUCUAUUCAGAAGUAUUACAAUUCGGUGGUUUCUUAUGUGCUUUGUGUUUUGCCUUAUGGUUUAUGUUAUACAUGUUUUUGAUACCAAAGAUAAUGAAGUAAGAUAGGGAAUUUAAGUUUGUAUGUGUUUUGUUUUUGUUGGAGUAAAUGAGAAAUGUUUUUACAAGAUUUGAAAACUUUGAGUUUCUAGAUUUUGUAGAUUGUACUGAAAGUAUCUGGAUUAGUAUUUUUCGUUUCUCUUCAGUAUCAGGUGCAUACAAAGAACUAUGAAUAUGCAACCAAAAUAAAAAUGUUUACACUUCACACAAAAGAUGUAAUGAAUUUCUUUUCUAUCCCAGAGCAUUGAUUUAUGUAGGUGUUAUGAACUAGUCUUUUUAAAAGCAAGUCAUUUAUUUUCAGCUUCAUAGUUUUGUCAACUUAUUAUUUUAUCAGAUAUCUUGACGUGUUUUAGUCACUUUUUUUUAUCCCUGCCUCCCUAUAUACUUCCCUUCUGGUAUUAGCAAAAGUGAUAAGUAUUCUUUUCUUUGUAAAGACAUUUCUUGCCAUUUUAUUCCCACUUCCUUUCUAAUUAUAAUUUUUUUUAAUCA